GCAUCACAGCUCAACUAGCCAAACCAGCUUGUAACGGGAGAACGCGCCGCGUUUAUAGAAGCGCGGGCUUUGACACGUUACUCAUCAUCGGCGUUUAACAGCAGCUGCUGAGCCGGAUGCUGGCAUCAAGUGGCGCCGGGCUGCUCCAUUUGCAUGACCGUGCGUAAAGUGGCACGAAUUCCGCCCUGCCUACUGAUACACGGAAACUAGACAAGCCAGCGUGAAGGAGCGUGGCUAGCUAACAGCGUGCCAUCAUUUCUCCGGGCCCGGUCAUCGCGACUCAUCCCGCGCUCAAGCGUUGGCCAUGUCCGCGCUAUCCAGUCCGUCCCCGGCUCAGGGUGAUGCCCAGCCGCAGACAGACUUCUUGGGCUUGAGCAGUGGCAUUGACCCCCCUGCCGGUCCAACCCCGAGUCAGAGCCGCUUCCAGGUUGAUCUGGUGGCCGAGGCGGCCGGUACUGAGCAAGAACCCGGCGCCGCGACACCUCCCCGACCGACCGGAGAUAGUACCGGAGACGGCGAGGCUAAGGGCCGUUUUCGCGUGGUGAACUUCGCGGACCCAAGCAACGCCUCGAGCCCAGAAGAAGCCCCAGGUGACGGCCUCCAGAACGGCGACACGGCCCUGAGCGAGGGCAGCGUUCACUCAUCCACCGGCGGCCAGCACCACUAUCACUACGAUACGCACACCAACACCUAUUACCUGCGCACGUUCGGACACAACACCAUCGAUGCCGUACCUAACAUCGACUUCUACCGACAGACUGCUGCCCCUCUGGGCGAGAAACUCAUCAGACCCACCCUGUCCGAGCUGCAUGACGAGCUGGACAAGGAGCCGUUCGAAGAUGGGUUUGCAAACGGUGAAGAGCUGACCCCUGCCGAGGAGGCUGCGGCCAAAGAAGCAUCCGAACCUAAAGGUGUCGUGAAGUUCGGAUGGGUCAAAGGAGUUUUGGUCCGCUGCAUGUUGAACAUUUGGGGUGUGAUGCUCUUCAUCCGCAUGACAUGGAUCGUGGGCCAGGCCGGAGUUGCAUAUUCCUGUCUCAUCAUUGCCAUGGCGACCGUCGUGACAUCCAUCACCGGAUGCUCCACCUCUGCGAUAGCGACCAACGGCUUUGUACGAGGAGGAGGAGCUUAUUACCUGAUAUCCAGAAGUUUAGGUCCAGAGUUUGGGGGGUCCAUAGGGCUCAUCUUUGCCUUUGCUAAUGCUGUGGCAGUCGCCAUGUAUGUUGUAGGCUUUGCUGAGACUGUUGUGGAACUUCUUAAUGAUGCUGGUCUCACGAUGUUGGAUCAGGUGAACGACAUCAGAAUUGUUGGAGUCAUCACGGUCAUUAUCCUUUUGGGAAUCUCAGUGGCUGGUAUGGAGUGGGAAGCCAAGGCUCAAAUUUUCCUGUUGGUCAUCUUGAUUGGUGCCAUCUUCAACUACUUCAUUGGCACAUUCAUUCCCAUGGAGUCGAAGGGAAAAUAUGGAUUCUUUGGCUACGAUGCUGACAUCAUGCUGGAAAAUUUAGUCCCAGAUUUCCGAGGAGAAACCUUCUUCUCCGUCUUUGCCAUCUUCUUCCCUGCAGCCACUGGCAUUCUGGCUGGUGCUAACAUCUCGGGGGAUCUGGCGGAUCCGCAAAUGGCGAUCCCGAGAGGAACCCUUCUGGCCAUACUUAUCACCGGUCUUGUGUAUGUAGGUGUUGCUAUAUCUGCAGGUGCCUGCAUUGUCCGAGAUGCCACCGGUAUUGAAACCAACGGCACCCUGAGUCCUGAGCUGAACUGCACCGGUCCUGCUUGUAAAUACGGUUAUGAUUUCUCCUCCUGCAAGCCCGUUGGUGUGGAAUCGCCAUGCAAGUACGGACUCCACAAUGACUUCCAGAUCAUGAGUGUGGUGUCUGGUUUCGGUCCUCUCAUCACGGCAGGGGUUUUCUCUGCGACCCUGUCCUCGGCCCUGGCCUCUUUGGUCAGCGCCCCCAAAGUGUUCCAGGCUUUAUGCAAAGACAACAUUUAUCCAGGCAUUGCCGGGUUUGGUAAAGGCUACGGCAAGAACAAUGAACCCCUGCGUGGCUACUUCCUCACGUUCGGCAUCGCCAUAGCGUUUAUUCUUAUUGCUGAGCUGAACAUCAUCGCUCCAAUCAUUUCAAACUUCUUCCUGGCAUCCUACGCCCUGAUCAAUUUCUCUGUGUUCCAUGCCUCUCUUGCCAACUCUCCUGGGUGGAGACCCAGCUUUAAGUACUACAACAUGUGGGUGUCCCUGGCUGGAGCAGUGCUGUGCUGCGUGGUCAUGUUCGUCAUCAACUGGUGGGCCGCCCUUCUGACCAACGUCAUUGUCCUGUCUCUCUACAUCUACGUCAGCUACAAAAAACCAGAUGUGAACUGGGGCUCUUCCACUCAGGCGCUGACCUACCACGAGGCGCUCACCCACAGCCUGCAGCUCUGCGGAGUCGCCGACCACGUGAAAACCUUCAGGCCUCAGUGUUUAGUAAUGACGGGAGCACCUAAUUCAAGACCGGCUCUUCUUAAUCUGGUUCACGCCUUUACCAAGAACGUUGGUCUGCUGAUGUGUGGACACGUGCGCAUUAGCUCUCGUCGGCCCAACUUUAAGGAGCUGAACAACGACACGAUGCGCUACCAGCGCUGGCUCCUCAAUAACUGUAAAGCUUUUUACACACCCGUCAUCGCAGAGGACCUUCGCCAGGGCACGCAGUAUCUUCUACAGGCUGCUGGGCUCGGCAGACUGAAGCCCAACACACUGGUGCUUGGCUUCAAGAAUGACUGGAGGAACGGAGAUAUGAAGGAUACCGAGACCUACAUCAACAUGAUUCAUGAUGCUUUCGACUUCCAGUACAGUGUGGUCAUUCUCAGACUGAGAGAAGGACUUGAUGUUUCCCACAUUCAAGGACAAGAUGAUACAUCAGGCAUGAAGGAUGUUGUGGUGUCUAUCGACAUGAGCAAAGACUCGGAUGGUGACUCCUCCAAGCUCUCGUCCAAGGCCACAAGUGUUCAGAACAGUCCAGCUGUUCAGAAAGAAGAUGAGGAGGAUGCCAAAGCUCCUUCACAGCCCCUGCUGAAAAAAGGCAAUAAAGCAAGUCCCACUACGCCACUCAACGUGGCAGAUCAGAAACUGCUGGAUGCCAGUCAGCAAUUUCAGAAGAAGCAAGGCAAAGGCACAGUGGACGUCUGGUGGCUGUUUGAUGAUGGAGGCUUGACUCUGCUCAUUCCAUACUUGGUCACCAACAAGCAGAAGUGGCAGGACUGCAAGAUCCGCGUGUUUAUUGGGGGCAAGAUCAACAGGAUCGACCAUGAUCGGAGAUCGAUGGCCACCCUGCUCAGCAAAUUCAGGAUAGACUUCUCAGACAUCACCGUCCUGGGAGACAUCAAUACAAAACCCAAGUCUGAAAGUGUGACAGAUUUUGCUCAGUUGAUUGAACCGUACAAGCUGCGAGAAGAUGACAUGGAGCAGGAGGCAGCCGACAAGCUCAAGGCUGAUGAGCCCUGGAGGAUCACAGAUAAUGAGCUGGAGCUCUACAAGGCCAAGAGUAAUCGUCAGGUCAGACUGAACGAGUUAUUGAAGGAGCACUCACGCACAGCCAACCUCAUCGUCAUGAGCAUGCCCUUGGCCAGGAAAGGGGCGGUGUCGAGCGCCCUGUACAUGUCUUGGUUGGACACUCUAUCCAAGGACCUCCCUCCUAUCCUGCUGGUCCGUGGCAACCACCAGAGUGUCCUGACGUUCUACUCCUAAGCGACUUGAUUAUCGCCAAUCCCGUGAAGCACACCUCGCCUAUAUAUUGACACUAACCACAAAUGUGCACACACAAACACAAAGGUAGCUCACCUGGCACUGUAAAUAACGAGGCCGACUGGCAGGAGGAAACCGCGGGCAUUUUCUUUUAGAAGCUCCUUCAUUCGAUAGCUCGGUGACGCCCGCCACUAAGAAAAAACUACACACAAGCUGGAGAUAUGAGAACCUGUACUAAAAUUUGCAGUCAGCAUUUUUGGCUCACAGGCGUUUGAGCAUUUCCAUGUUAUUGUUAGCAUAAUUUGCAUUGUUACAAUGAAUUGAGGAUUGUUUUUCCUUGUUUUCCCUCUUUGAAGAAGCAAUAAUCUCCCUGGGUUUGUUUUUCCACAUGGAAAAAAACCAUGCAGAAUGCUUUGCAACACCUUUUAUAGCCUUAUAGAUGUGCCUUCCAGUUCAAUCAAAUUGAAUUCCUCAAGUUGAUCCUCAAUACGAAGACGUUUUAAAGGUUUUAAAUUGGAUUUUUAAAAAUCUGAACAAUGGCAUGAAUGUCAAGUGUCUGUUCUCCAGUGAGGUUUUAUUUCCCCCCGGUUGUUUCUUUUUCAGGUUUAAGUCUUCCUUUAAACUGUGAAGGGUUUUUAGCGUUCCAAGUACAGUACCCUCACUAAUCCUGAUGUAAAUUAAAACGUACAGUGGAAGGACGCUCGGUCCUCGGAGGGCACGCGAACGGCCUGCGGCUUCAAAGCGUGCCGACUGUACGCCGUCUGUAAAGAAAGCGUCUCGAUCCGAGCGGGACACCAAAGCUGCUAAAAAGGAUGGACACAAAGAACAAUCAACCAAAUGGUGUGUAAAAAAUGCGUUUAGCCAAUUCCGCAUCGUGCAGGUCUUGAUUUUGAGAAUGACUUUGCCUUAAAGCAGAAGUAAUGAUUGUUGACUUCUAUUUUAUAAGCCAUACUGGCUGGUCGAUUAAUUAGCGGGUACAUGCAGAUGUAGAUAGAUUAAACGAUGCAUAACAGAAUGUAACGUUCAUGUUUUUUCCAUAAUCUCUUCAUUAGUUUUUGUCUUAAAGCUCUUCCAUCUAGUGGACCAUUUUUAUUUAUGAAGCAGUCCUGAACGGUAGCUAUAGAAAAGCGGGAUUCAAUAAACCACGUCAUUAUUAUUGGCAAAACGUGGACACAUUUCCAUUAAUAUUCCAGUGGACUGUUGGUGUAUCAAUUGCAUGUUAUAUUCUGGGCUUCCCUGUAACCUGGUGUAGUUCUCAAAAACCUCAUCAUGUCCAGAUCACAGUUUGUCCUUCAGAAUUUCACAAAAAGUCCUGAGAAUGUGUUUUGUCUGAUGUCUGUUUAAUGAGAUGCAGAUAUACCUCUAUGCAGGUGAACUGAGAUAAAUAUUUCUGAUUUCAGAGUCAUUUCUGCAGUGCUUUUUCAGUCUGGGUUAUUUAUUGUUAGAUGUUCUGUCAGUGGAACCUGAUUGGUUCUUUCUAAUUAAAAAAUGAAUGUUAUUCAGCCAGGUGUUCUUUCUACUGCUGCAAAUCUCCCUGAGGAAAAAAGCCUAAAAUAUUCAAAAGGAUUACUGGUCUUACUUGCUUUUUACUUAGGUCAGGUCAUCAUCAUCAGUUAUGGGCACUAUUAAGCCAGCAAGGUCUUCAAAUCUAUAAACGUACUACAGAUCUGGUAUGACUGAUUUAGGGCUAGUAUUUGAUUGAUACGGGGCUGUCACGGUGUCACAAAAUGUUGGUUACAGGAUGUUAUUUGGUAAUGUCGCAACAGGAGUUCAUUUCGAUAUAUACUUAGAUAAAUCUAAAUCCAAAUUCACAGCUGUUUUAGAGAGAACCCAGACUUAUAAUCAUGUCACAUAAUCAAGGUACUGACAUGGAACCUUCUGCUGAAUAUUUAGCUUGUAAAUCAGCUUCCUUUUUUUCCUGUUGUGUUACUUUAUAUCAGGGCCGCAGUGGGUCCUGUUCUACAGGGAAACACCAGGCCCAUAACAGGAAUUCCAUGGACAGGGCACCAGUCCAUCGCAGGACUCCAGCAGAAGGUGUUUUUGCCAAAUACAGACAUGGUCAAUGCUUUCUUUUUGACUUUUAUUUUAAUAGUCCUGGACAAUAUUUAUGUAGCAAUUAUUUAGCCUAGUUACAUUUACCACUAUCAGCUUAAAUCAAUUAUUAAUUCCAUAGACAGUGCUGGUUUGAUAUUGAGAAUGUGAAUGUUUAAAAAUCAGUAAGAAAUCCUUCUUGGAACUAGAUUAGUAUGCAAACCUUUUGAUAACUAACAUAUACAGAUAAAGCCUAUACUUUAAAGCUAAUACUGACACCUGUGGUUGGUGUCCUGCCUUAACAUAGUGUCUAAAUUAUUUUUGCAGCAGUCACUGCCUCAUGCAGUGUGUUGACCAGACUUUCGAAUGAGAAUAAUCAUGCUACUGGUACUGAUUCACCGUUGUUUAGCAAAACGUGUGACUCUGCAUGUAAAUUCAAGCUUAUUCUGCUGCAGCUCUCUGGCAUUAUCUGCCUUACCCUAAUGUGUGAUAUUCACACUAGCAGUACCAGCUCUGCUCUUGACUAAAGUAAGAAUUUGAUUCUGGUCCAGUUCCACCAGAAAGCACUGGAUGGAAGGCAGGAAUACCCUGCACAAGGUGUCAGUCCAACCCGCAACCCCCUCAGACGUUGCCAGUAGUGUCUGUAUAGAUGCCCAGCUGCCCAAUAGCAACACUGAUAUUCAAACCCAGAUGUCAGCGGUCAUGGGCUAGCGUGACAGGCCGCUGUGCCAUCCAAGCACCUGUUAGAAAUGGAGUUAAAGUUUUAAAUAGGUUGACAGAUUUCCCAUUUUCACCUAAUUCCCAUUUCAAAGCUCAUAUUCGCCAAUGCAAAUACUAAUUCUUUCUCUAACUCAUACACUUAUACAGUAACCAAUCUCAUUUAUAGCAAGUAAGUUGUAUGUGAGUGAUGGCAGCUUUAAAGAAAGUUCUAAUCCCAUUCAUUCACAGCAAAAAUAUUAGUGAAUCAGAUCAGAAAAUAUAGCAGAGCAGUACCUAUACAAAGCCAGUAUUUUGGGCCAGUGUGGGCCCCAAUAUUAUUAUUCUGCAUCUUAUUGGGACAUUCCUAUUACUAGCUACUUAGCUAGUUAUUUCUAGCAUAGGGAUUAAGACUAGUGUCAGUGUUUCGGUAGCAACUACGUGGUUGUGAUCAACACCGUGACAGCCCUGUUAAAACCCAGCCACAUUCUACACCAAACUGAGGGCAAGUUAGUUUUAUAGACUUCAUUAAAUGUAAUACAUUGCUUUACAGGUCAUAUGAAUGUAGACACUAAUGCUAAAGAGACGAUUUUAUGUUUGUCCGUGACAUUUUAUUCAUUUUAGCCCAGGCAAAUUUAAUACUGUGAUGUGUGUUGUUAGGCUCUCUGUACUAUAUAUAACUACAUGACUGCAGCUCAACAACGUGUGUUCAUCACCCAUCACCCAUGCACAAUUGAAUAUACUCCUAUUUAUAGCUAUAUAUAGUCUAGUGUGUAAACAGAUUUUGUACUUAGUACGUGUGAUACAUGUACCAACGUACCCACCACCUACUGUGCGUUUGUGUAAAGUGUAUACAUUUAUUAUAUAUAAAUGUAUAGCUACACGUAGCUGUGGCACUACAGGCUACUGUAUCAUGGGAGUGUGUGGUACUGCCAUGUGCUUCUCACAGCUCUUGUACUGUGUGUGUGUAAGAACAAACAGAUCGACGUUGUGCGUUCUUAUUUCAUGUCGAUGGAUUUCUUUCAAACUUCCAGCCCAUGUGUAGCCAAAGCCCAGUUUCUCACUGGUGGGAGCCAGGACGAACGAUCAGCAUUGUAGCUCCCACCUCUAGUUCACACUGUAUUUCUGUACUAACGUGUAAAUAUAUUCUAGCCUAACCACAUAAAAUAAGGGAGUGAAAUAAUAACGGGAAAUUAUUACGGAGAAAUUAAUAUUUAUUUUAGUUUAGAUUUCUCCCUUUUGUUUUAAAUUAAACUGCAUGAUUUGGUUUUCUUUUUGAUUAUUUUAUUUGCUCCUUUUAUCUUUUAUAAGCAUUUUAAGGAAAAGCUCUGUGAGUGUUUGAGUCUCAGCUCAAAGGUCAGGACGGAGUUCAUUCAUUCAGCCUGAAGAGUCGGUAAUGUUUUGAUAUACUGUACUGUUAAUUGUCACAAAUGUGUUUUCUAACAUUUUAACAUUCAAGGUUGCUGAUACUUUGUACAUCUCUAUUGCAAUAAAUAAAAAUCAAAUGAAAUGGCAA